GUCGUUGAGGCGACAAAAUCUUGGUAUUGCCUAAGCCUAGCGUGAACUUCUCGCAUGUGGUGUUGAGUUAACGUUAGUCCCAGCAAAGGUGGAACUACCACCCUCUCCGCCAUGGCUGCUGCCACUAGCUUUGGAACUGUGUGGUGUCUGAGAAAAGCUGCUCAGGCUUUUACGGUCUCUCAUUCUCAUAUUCUCCGCCGCAAUGCCAUUGCCAACCUCUCUUUCCAAAGAAACCUUUGCUCUCAUCUUCUCUGCGUUCCUUCCUCUUCUUCUUCUUCUUCUUCUUCUUCUUCAGCUUCAUGUGUAAGCCAGACAGUACAAGCUUUAAAGGGUGACUUUGAUGUGUUACUCAAGGGAGUAGGAGAAAGAAGUGUAACAAAAGAAGUGAAACAUAUUCUUGAGAUGGCUAGACGAGCAUCAUUAAAACGAGAUGUUCUCCACACAGAUUUUUUAACACCUCCAGUGCUAAAGGAAUCUAUGCAAGUUUUGGAAAAAUUAGCAGAUGUGAAAGCAAUUGCUCAAGGAGGUUAUCCACAGGCUGAACGUUGUCGGGUUUCUGUUGGACAUCCAGAAGAACUGACAAGUGAUCCUGAUAUUAUUUCAGCAUUGAGCAUUACAGGGAACUUUCAGUUUGAACCUUGUUCGCAUGGUGACUUCCUUGGCUCAAUUCUUGGUACAGGAAUUGCCAGGGAGAAACUUGGAGAUAUUAUAUUGCAGGGAGAACAGGGUGCUCAGAUACUUGUUGUACCAGAACUUGAUGAAUUUCUCAUGUCAACGCUAGUUAAGGUUGGUAAGGUUCCUGUAACUUGCAGCAAGAUACCCUUAAUUUCUCUUGAUUAUGAACCGCCGAGAACUAAAUCAUUCAAAACUAUUGAAGCAUCACUAAGAGUUGAUGCACUAGCUAGUGCCGGAUUUAAGAUUUCACGUUCAAAGCUAGUUGACAUGAUCAGCAAUGGUGAUGUGCGUAUCAACUGGAUUCCUGUUACUACCAAAGGAACCACACUAAAGAGUGGAGAUAUUGUAUCAGUUAGUGGAAAGGGAAGAUUAAAGAUAGGAGAAAUAAACUCCACAAAGAAAGGAAAGUUUGCAGUGGAGCUCAUUCGGUAUUUGUAGAAGUUUAGCAACGAGCUACUUAGCCCCACGUAAAUAAAGCUUAUGAAGAGAAGA